AAAUUUCAGGUAAUGUGUCAGAAUAGAACAGAACGAGAUCGUCAAUUGCAAAUAAAUUAUGCAUUUUUGCAACUUCGGCAAAUCAUUCCAAGUUAUCCAAUCAAUAAAAAAAUGAGCAAACAAGAGAUAUUACGCGGUGCAAUUCGUUAUCUUCGAAUUCUGGAAUAUUUACUUGGGAUACGAAAAAGUUUUCUAUGA